AACAAGUAAAAAUACAAGCUGCAAGCUUAAAAAAAGUUUGCAAAAUUGGAUGAUUCAAGAAGGGCUGCAUCUUUAGUGUUGUUGGUAUACGUUUAAUUUUGCUUAAACUUGUUCGGUUACCACACAAAAACAGACAUUUUGAUUUAAGUUGUGUUGUGAUUGUUGUUGUUGUGUGAGCAAGUGCAAUUCCAUGGCUUGUGCAGCUACAGCUGCGAGCAAAGAUGCCAAUACGAGUACGGGUAAUGCUGGUAUCGUAGCUGUAUCUACAAGUUCUGCAAGCUCUUCUGUUAACGGAGCGGUAAGCGGGGUCGCAACUUCAUCCAGUUGCGCAGGGGCCAGUGUAAGCGGAACAAUUCUAGCUGCAACUAGUACCCAAACGGGCGGGAUCAGCGUAUUGGGCUCGGGCUCAGGUGCAAUGAAUCGUCAAGCCCGUUUCGCGACAGAGGGAGUAGGAGCACGCGUUGUAAGAGGACCCGAUUGGAAAUGGGGUAAACAGGAUGGCGGUGAAGGCCAUGUAGGUACUGUGCGUAAUUUUGAAUCUUCCGAAGAAGUGGUAGUAGUUUGGGAUAAUGGCACGGCGGCUAACUAUCGUUGUGCCGGAGCUUAUGAUUUACGCAUAUUAGAUAGCGCACCGACGGGUAUUAAACAUGACGGUACAAUGUGUGACACCUGUCGCCAACAGCCCAUAUUCGGUAUACGUUGGAAAUGUGCUGAAUGUGUCAAUUACGAUUUGUGUUCAAUUUGCUAUCACGGCGACAAGCACCAUUUACGUCAUCGUUUCUAUCGCAUCGCUACACCCGGUGGAGAACGUGCUAUGUUGGAGCCUAGGCGGAAAUCGAAAAAAGUAGCUGUACGCGGUAUAUUUCCCGGAGCCCGGGUAGUGCGCGGCGUUGAUUGGCAAUGGGAAGAUCAGGACGGUGGGGUAGGUAGGCGCGGCAAAGUAAAUGAAAUUCAAGAUUGGUCUUCAGCGUCGCCGCGUUCGGCAGCUUAUGUGGUUUGGGAUAAUGGUGCCAAGAAUUUGUAUCGAGUAGGAUUUGAGGGAAUGGCAGAUUUGAAGGUGGUCAAUGAUGCAAAAGGCAAUACUGUUUAUCGUGAUCAUUUACCUUUACUGGGUGAGAACGGCCCAGGCAAAGGGCCGCAUGGAUUUCAGAUAGGCGAUAAAGUCACCGUAGAUUUAGAUUUAGAAAUUGUACAAUCGUUGCAACAUGGCCACGGAGGCUGGACUGACGGAAUGUAUGAAUGCUUGAAUAACACUGGCUUGGUAGUAGGCAUCGACGAAGAUCACGAUAUUGUAGUAGCCUAUAAUUCAGGCAAUCGUUGGACAUUUAAUCCAGCAGUACUUACGAAAGUCUCUUCGCCCGCCAAUACUACCCCAGAAUUUCAAGUUGGCGAUAUUGUUAAAAUCUGUUCCGAUGUCGAAUCGAUCAAACAAUUGCAGCGCGGUCACGGCGAAUGGGCUGAUGCCAUGCAAUUAACCUUGGGAAAAGUGGGUCGUGUACAGCAAGUCUAUCACGAUAAUGAUUUAAAAGUAGAAGUUGGCGACACGUCAUGGACUUAUAAUCCGUUAGCUGUCACUAAGGUAGCCUCAUCAAAUACAGAUACCAAUUGUGUACCAGUUAUAUCCAGUGGAGAACGUCUGUCAGCUAUUUUAAAGAAAUUAUUCGAGCCCAGCGUUUCUGGUGAUGCUACUGAAGAAUUUGUAAAAGCAGCAGCCAAUGGAUACGCGGCUCGUUGUGAAGAGUAUCUUAUUGGAACUGUACAAGCUUCAAGUAGCAGCGGUGGUAAUUCCGCCAGCUCCAAUUCUUCCACAGCAACUGCUGCUUCCAUUAAUUUAGCAGAUGUUAAUGGUGUGUUCGCAGGACAUACCGCUCUGCAAGCAGCGAGUCAAAACGGUCACAUUGAGGUUAUCCAAGUUUUACUGCGUCAUAAUGUUGAUGUUGAAAUAGAGGAUAAAGACGGCGAUCGUGCUGUUCACCAUGCUGCUUUUGGAGAUGAGCCGGCGGUUAUUGAAAUUCUUUCUAAAGCCGGUGCCGAUUUGAAUGCUCGUAACAAACGUAGACAAACAGCUUUGCAUAUCGCCGUCAACAAAGGUCACCUCAAUGUAGUUAAAACUCUUUUGAGCCUUGGCUGCCAUCCUAGUUUACAAGAUUCAGAGGGAGAUACGCCUCUCCACGAUGCCAUCUCUAAAGAACACGAUGAAAUGUUGUCCUUACUAUUGGACUACGGCGCUGAUAUUACCUUGACUAAUAACAAUGGUUUUAACGCUUUGCAUCAUGCCGCUCUUAAGGGCAAUCCAAGCGCUAUGAAAAUUUUGUUAACGAAAACUAAUCGCCCUUGGAUUGUGGAGGAGAAGAAGGACGAUGGUUAUACAGCUUUGCAUUUAGCUGCUCUAAAUAAUCAUGUCGAAAUUGCCGAGUUGCUGGUGCACAUGGGAAAAGCUAAUAUGGACCGACAGAAUGUUAACUUGCAGACGGCUCUACAUUUGGCUGUCGAGCGUCAACACGUACAAAUAGUAAAGUUGCUGGUACAAGAGGGAGCCAAUUUAAACAUACCUGAUAAAGAUGGCGAUACACCAUUGCAUGAGGCCUUAAGGCAUCAUACCUUGUCGCAAUUAAAACAACUGCAAGAUGUGGAAGGCUUUGGGAAGUUACUAAUGGGUCUGAGGAAUCCCAAUAACAAGAAAGCCUCAGCUUCAAUAGCAUGUUUUUUGGCUGCAAACGGAGCGGACUUAAAUUUGAAAAAUCGUAAAUUGCAAACUCCUUUAGAUUUAUGUCCAGAUCCCAACUUGUGUAAAACCUUAGUGAAAUGCUAUAACGAACGUAAGACAGACGAUAGUGAACUGCCUGGCAAUGUCGCUGGUACAAGUUCGAAUGCUCGAGCCAGAGCUUUAGCGGCGCCGUCUAGCUCUACAUCGGGGCUCCUACAACAAACUGUCGCUGCAAGUGUUCCGUUAAGCUCUGUUGGCACUGGUUUAAAUGGCUUGACUCAUGAUUUAGCGCAAUCUCUGAAUACUGUCGCCAGUGAGGCAAAUAAAACAAACACUUUGGACGAAUGUUUGGUGUGUUCAGAUGUUAAAAGAGAUACUGUGUUUAAGCCCUGCGGUCACGUUUGCUGCUGUGAAACUUGUGCCCCUCGUGUUAAAAAAUGCUUGAUUUGCCGUGAAACAGUAGCUGCACGUGAAAAAAUUGAUGAAUGUUUGGUUUGUUCGGAUCGCAGAGCUUCCGUGUUCUUUAAACCUUGUGGCCAUAUGGUGGCCUGUGACAACUGCUCACGUUUAAUGAAGAAAUGUGUGUUAUGUCGUACACAAAUCGAGGAAAUGAUGCCCUUCUCUUUGUGCUGCGGAGGUGGUGGCAUCAUUGAAAAAGUUCACACGGUUUCUUAUAGCGAAACAGAGAAAAUUCAGGGUAUGCAUUGUGUUAAUACCUCUGGCCUUGGGGUCGCAAUGAAUAAUACCAUAACGGGUACAAUGAUUAAUACGCCGGUCGCCGGCAGUAAUCAGUUGCAAUCGCAAACUAACAUACUUGUCGGUCCUACCGCUAACAGUGUCAUGCAAGCUCCUUCAAAUGUCAACAAUUUCCAAAUUGAUGAUGUCCAAAAGCUCAAACAGCAAUUGCAAGAUAUUAAAGAACAGACUAUGUGUCCCGUUUGUUUAGAUCGGAUUAAAAAUAUGGUCUUUCUCUGCGGUCAUGGCACUUGUCAAAUGUGUGGCGAUCAGAUUAACGGCUGCUGCCCCAUAUGUCGCAAAACAGUCGAAAAACGCAUUCUACUAUUUUAAAAGGAUUUUCAAAUGUUUGAAAUUUUUGACAGAUCUUGUCGAUAACUAAUUCAUUUUCCAAUCUGUCAUAUUUUUAGCAACUCUAUGACGGUACUACUCUGAUAUAAUUCUUGUGCAUUUCUACAAUCUAUACACAUAGCCUGAUUUCUCUUCAUUAUUCUCAUUAAUGUAUAUUUAAUUUAUAUUUAAAACAAAAGGAGAACUAUUUCAAAUAUG